AUGGCUGUCACCAACAAGGAUAUCGCCGCCUGGAAGGCCUCCCUCGACAAGAACUACAACAAGAUCAAGGCGGAUUACGCCAAAGCCAAGGCUGCUGGAGACAAGGCCAAGAUGAAGACUCUUGGCAAGAAGAUGAAGUCGAAUCUGAAGGAUGAUAAGACAUGGACGAAUCUCGCUGCGGCCGAGAAAGCCCUCGGCGCGAAGAACAUGCCGCCAGAGCUCGCGCGCAUGUGCACCGAGCUUCACUGGCUCCAGGCCUUCGACCCUGACAGGUAA